AUGCUCCGCAACGCCCUCUCCGCUGCCACUCGUCCGGCUCUCCAAGCGGUGCGCGCAACUGCCACCACCCUCUCUGCUGGCUUUCCGAAGAUCACCCACAGACAACCGACCAAGUAUGGCGGUGUCUACACUGUUACCCUCAUCCCGGGUGAUGGUAUCGGUAACGAGAUUACGGACUCCGUGAAGGAGAUCUUCGAGUAUGUCAACGCCCCCAUUGAGUGGGAGCAGUACAACGUCUCCGGAAUGUCGUCCGCCGGCGAGGAUCUCUUCAAGCAGGCUGUGGAGAGCUUGAGGCGCAACCGGGUCGGUCUCAAGGGUAUCCUUUUCACCCCCAUCUCCCAGUCCGGUCACGUUUCGUGGAACGUUGCCAUGCGCCAGCAGCUUGACAUCUACGCGUCCCUAGUCCUCUGCAAGUCGCUCCCCGGCUUCCCCACCCGCCACAACAACGUCGAUUUCGCUAUCAUCCGUGAGAACACGGAAGGCGAGUACUCUGGUCUCGAGCACCAGAGCUACCCUGGCGUUGUCGAGAGCUUGAAAGUCUCGACGCGCGCCAAGGCCGAGCGUAUCUCGCGCUUCGCAUUCGACUUUGCGCUGAAGAACAACCGCAAGAAAGUCACGUGUGUGCAUAAGGCGAACAUCAUGAAGCUCGGCGAUGGUCUCUUCCUGAACACCUUCCGCCGUGUUGCGGAGGAAUACAAGGACACGGGAAUCGAGUACAAUGACAUGAUCGUUGACAACACGUCCAUGCAGCUGGUUGCACGACCCUCGCAGUUCGACGUCAUGGUCAUGCCCAACUUGUACGGUGCGAUUGUCUCCAAUAUCGGGGCCGCCCUUGUCGGUGGUCCUGGCAUUGUUCCUGGCUGCAAUGUUGGACGUGAAUAUGCUCUUUUUGAGCCUGGAUGCCGUCACGUUGCGAAGGACAUCAUGGGUACUAACAAAGCCAACCCUGCAGCCAUGAUUCUGAGUGCCACCAUGAUGUUGAGACAUCUCGGUCUGGACGGCCUCGCAAAUAACAUUGCUAGCGCGACCUUCGAUGUUAUCAAUGCUGCCACGGUCCGCACUGCGGAUAUGGGUGGCUCUGCAACGACCUCUGAGUUCACCGCUGCUGUCAUCAAAAACCUCAACUGA